AUGGAUAAUGAUAGGAGUUGGAUGCAUAUUCAAGGGUUGAGCAAUCGGCUACAACCAACUUACCGAAAUGGUGUUAAAAGUUUUCUCGAAUUUGCUUUCAAGGACACAAUCCCUAAUACUGGGGCUAAGAAAAGGUGUCCUUGUUUGAAGUGUCGAAAUUAUAUCGACCAUGAUAGAGAGACAAUGCGUGCCCAUCUUUUCCGAGUAGGAAUAGAGCCUGACUACAAUCCUUGGAUAUUCCAUGGAGAAGAACAAUCCCUAGACAUGGGAAACAUGAAAAUGUCCGAGGAGGAAGGCGAUUGGUUUGAUGAUGAAGAUCCUCUCGUAUCAGAGGAGAUGGCAGCUUUGGUGCAUGAUGCCACAAAUGUAGUGCCCGAGAAUUUGAAUGAGGAAGAAGAAGAGGAUCGUGCUGAGAUUCCUGAUAAAUUUCAUAGGUUGAUGAAAGAUGCAGAAGAAGAAUUAUUCUCGGGUUGUAAAACCUUUUCAAGGUUGGAGUUCAUCGUAACUCUCUUACAUAUUAAGGUUAGUGGACAUUGGCCUGAGAAGUCAUUUAGUCUGCUCCUUAAUGCAUUACAAAAGGCCUUCAAUUAUGAUCCAAAAUUUCCAAAGAGCUCCCGUGAAGCCCAGAAGUACACAAAAGAUCUUGGGUUGAAUUAUGUGAAGAUCCAUGCUUGUGUGAAUCAUUGCAUUCUUUAUAGAAAGGAGUAUGAAAAUGCCGAUUCAUGCCCUAUUUGUGAGGAGUCCAGAUGGAAAGAAGGCAGUGGUGAAUUUGAUGAUAGUGUCACAUUUUCGGAAUCUCAAGGGACCUCACAACGGCUUCCUAGAAUACCUCGUCUAGUUCUUCGCCAUUUUCCUUUAGUGCCUAGGCUUCAAAGGCUUUUUAUGUCUUCAAAAAUUGCUAAGCAUAUGAGAUGGCAUAAGGAUAGGAAAAGAGUUGAUAAGGACAUAUUAAGGCAUCCAUCUGAUUCAAAGGCAUGGGAGAAGCUUGAUGAUUCAUUUCCUGAUUUUGCAGCCGAUCCACGUAAUGUGAGAUUAGGUCUUUCAACUGAUGGUUUCAAUCCUGGUGCACAUUUAGGCACUAAGUACAGCAUAUGGCCAGUCUUUCUAGUGCCAUAUAAUCUCCCACCAUGGAUGUGUAUGGCAAGUCCAUACAUCAUGCUAUCACUCUUAAUUCCUGGUCCAAAGUCCCCUGGAAAUGAUAUAGAUGUGUUCUUGGAGCCGUUGAUUGAUGAGCUUCAAGAGUUGUGGGAAGUUGGGGUGAAAACUUAUGAUUCACAUAGUCGCCAAAAUUUUAAUAUGAAGGCAGCGCUAUUGUGGACUAUGAGUGAUUUUCCGGCAUAUGGAAAUCUGUCUGGUUGGAGUACUUGUGGUAAACUUGCUUGCCCAUCAUGUCAUAAGAAUACUUGGCACAAGCGGUUAAAGUAUGGAUCGAAGGAAUGCUUUAAAGGUACUCGUAUGUUCUUGGAACCCGAUCAUAGGUGGAGAAAUGACAAGAAAUCUUUUGAUGGGGAAAAGGAGAGACGACCACCUCCGAUUCCUUUGUCAGGGGAUGAGAUAUUAGAGGCAUUUGAUGGUGUCCCCAAUGUGAUUUUUGGGAAGAAGCGAAAGAGAAUUGAUAGAUACUUGUUUGACCAAUGGAAGAAGUUGAGCAUCUUCUUUAGACUUCCUUAUUGGAGUAAGCUUUUGAUAAGACACAACUUAGAUGUCAUGCAUAUUGAAAAGAACAUUUGUGACAGUAUAUUAGGAACAAUACUUGACAUUCCUAAUAAGACAAAAGACACCUUGAAAGCUCGAAAGGAUUUGAAGGAGAUGAAUGUGCAUCAUAAUUUAAUUCCUAUUAAGAUAGGUGAUAAAUAUGCCAUCCCUAGAGCACCAUAUCAGUUGACAUUUAUAGAGAGGCGUAAAGUUUUGGAGUUCUUGUCCAAGGUUAAAGUGCCAGAUGGUUACUCUUCUAACAUAGCUCGAUGUGCAAGUAUGGAAGAUGGAAAAAUCUCAAACAUGAAAAGCCAUGAUUGUCAUGUGUUCUUGCAAGAUUUGCUUAAGCCGGCAUUUCAAGGCAUCUUACCUAAGGAGGUGCUAGAACCUUUGGUUGAGCUAAGCUUAUUUUUUAAGCAAUUGUGUUCUAAAACUCUAAAAAUUGAUGUGUUGGAGAAGAUGGAAAAGAGUAUUGCAGUUACUCUUUGCAAGCUUGAAAAGGUAUUUGUUCCGGCUUUCUUUGAUAUUAUGGUCCACCUUCCAAUCCAUUUGGCCGGUGAGGCUAAGAUAGCUGGCCCAGUGCAAUAUCGUUGGCAAUAUCGGUUUGAAAGGGAAAUGCACACGAUGAAACCUACUGUGAGUAACAAAGCACAACCAGAAGGCCCGAUAGCUAAUGCACGCAUAAUGGAAGAAUGUCUUGCCUUUAUAUCAAGAUAUCUAAAUGGGAUUGAGACUAAGUUGACAGCUGAUCGAGUUGCAGCAGUUUUUGUAACUUUUUGUUGUCAAAUUAAGUACACAAGAAAAUGUUGUGAACUUUACUUGUGCAUAUGA